UUCGAAAAUUCGAAUUUCGAGUCGGGCGCCAAUAAUAAAAUAUAAUAGAAAUAUACGUGUAAUUCGGGACUCUUGAAUUGCGUGGGAUUAUUAAUAGAUAAAGUGCAGUUGGCAAGCUUGCCUUGUUUAUUUAUAAACUUUAAAUACCGAAGUGCAGCGGUGAAAAUAAUUUAUUUCUUUCCGGAUAAAUUUAUUUCUUGAGACGGAGGAUGGACAUCUCCCGGCCAUCAUGCGCCCUCCUUGUACUGAUCGUGCUAUGCUUAACACAACUUACAGAAUGCAUGAAUGGCGCGAAAAUAAACUUCAGAGAGAAGGAGAAGCAGAUCCUGGACCAGAUCCUUGGUCCGGGGAGGUACGAUGCCCGCAUCAGACCCUCAGGCAUCAACGGCACUGGCGAUGCGCCAACCUUAGUUCGCGUCAACCUGUAUCUACGAUCCAUCAGCAAAAUAGAUGAUUACAAAAUGGAAUACUCUGUACAGCUGACGUUCAGGGAACAAUGGUUAGAUGAGAGGCUCAAGUUUAACAACUUGGGAGGUCGUCUGAAAUAUCUAACCCUGACUGAAGCGAACAGGGUAUGGAUGCCUGACCUGUUCUUCUCCAACGAGAAGGAGGGCCAUUUCCACAACAUCAUCAUGCCGAACGUGUACAUCAGGAUCUUCCCCAAUGGCAACGUGCUGUACAGCAUCCGGAUCUCCUUGACACUGUCCUGCCCUAUGAAUUUGAAACUGUACCCGUUGGACAAACAGACUUGCUCAUUGAGGAUGGCCAGUUACGGUUGGACGACUGACGAUCUGGUGUUCUUAUGGAAAGAAGGCGAUCCAGUACAGGUGGUUAAGAAUCUUCACCUUCCUCGGUUCACACUGGAGAAGUUCCUCACAGAUUACUGCAACAGCAAGACCAAUACUGGUGAAUACAGUUGCCUCAAAGUAGACUUGCUGUUUAAACGCGAGUUCAGUUACUACCUCAUCCAGAUCUACAUCCCGUGCUGCAUGCUUGUCAUCGUCUCCUGGGUCUCCUUCUGGUUGGACCAGGGCGCGGUGCCGGCGAGGGUGUCGCUAGGAGUGACAACCCUCCUCACCAUGGCUACUCAAUCAUCAGGCAUUAACGCAUCAUUACCUCCAGUAUCCUACACAAAAGCUAUCGAUGUAUGGACAGGGGUGUGUCUAACGUUUGUCUUCGGUGCGCUACUAGAAUUUGCUCUAGUGAAUUAUGCAUCUCGCUCUGACAUGCAUAGGGAAAUGAUGAAGAAGACAAGGAGAGAGAUGGAGACAGCUGCGAGUAUGGAUGCGGCUUCAGAUCUGCUGGACACUGACAGCAACGCUACUUUCGCUAUGAAACCCCUGGUGCGCGACGGCAUCGUUGACUCGAAGAUGCGGCAGUGCGAGGUCCGCAUGAGUCCACCACGGAAGAACUGCUGCCGUCUCUGGAUGUCCAAGUUUCCUACCAGAUCGAAGAGGAUAGACGUCAUCUCCAGGAUCACUUUCCCGCUUGUUUUCGCACUCUUUAAUUUGGCUUAUUGGUCGACGUACUUGUUCCGCGACGAGGACGAGGAGAAGUGAUUCCCCGUGCCGGCCGGCGGCGCGGCGCGCGCGCGGCUGGCGGCGGCGG